UCUUGUUUGUUGUUAAAUCAUGGGUUUUAAAGUCGCAAAAUAAACGGAUUAUCCAUGCAGUCAGCAGGAACUGAUUAGAUUAAGCAAAAGAACGUAGUGCAUUAUCAAGAAUCUCAAAGAACCAUGGUGAUAAAAGAGGAUGAAGUGGAUGGGCCAGUUCAUAAUCAUAAUAAUAGACCUGAUUGUAGCGAUGAUGAACAAGAACAUGUAUUAGUGUACAGGGCAGAGAUCUAUCGUCGAGAAAGCUUUCAAAACUGGCGCUAUCAGUCUAUUGUAAAGAAAGAGGACCUGGCAAAGAAUGGCUUUUACUACCUCGGAGAUGGUGACCGGGUGCGCUGCGCCUUCUGUAAUGUUGUGUUGAGUUCUUGGCAGGAAGGAGACGACGUGCCAACUGAGCAUAGACGACAUUCAAAGUAUUGUCCUUUUGUGUUAGGAAAAAAGACAUCCAAUAUUCCAUACUCUCCUAGUUCAGAUUGCUUAUCAAAUAUACAACCGGAAUAUCCUGAGUUUAAGGAUUACCUCAAGAGACUAGAAACGUAUAAAAACUACUGGCCCAAGGCAAUGAAACAGAGGCCAAAAGAACUAGCUGCCGCUGGCUUGUUUUACACAGAAAAGGGUGAUGCUGUGCAGUGCUUCCAAUGUGGGGGACUCCUUCGGAAUUGGGAACCAGAUGAUAAGCCGUGGGAGGAACAUGCCAGGUGGUUUCCUCGAUGUUUGUUUAUCCGCGAGAACAACUUCAUGUCACCGGUCCGAGGUCCACUCCAUCGAGAAUUUAGACAACACAGAAUCCGCAAGGUUUCUCUGGGAUAUGAUGAGGAAUUGGUUCAAAUGUUUGAAAUGGACAGACAAUCCCGGGGGUUACCUGAAUGUGAAGAUGAAAAUACGUUUGUUGAAGAAAUAGAAAAGUUCAAAGUUCAACAGGAGACCCAGCCUCCUUCUCAGUCUUCAAUCCCACCAAUCACUGAAGUGGAAUGGAAUUUAAACUCUGAAGCUACAGGUACAUCCAGUGAACCAAUGGGCUAUGAUGAAGUGGACUUUGGUACUCAGGCCUGUGUGGGUUGUAAGAGGACAGAUUCCUCAGGCAGCCUCACACUUCACCCUUGUCGAUGCUCCUGUUGUGACAAAUGCCUGCUAGACCUGAACCAGUGUCCGUCCUGUAAAACUAAAAUCAGGGCUGUGGCAAAGAAUCCCAAGCCAGCAGGAUAGAGGAGAUUUAGUAUAGACAGGAUAGUGACUGGUGUGUUAGCUGGUACUGAAUGAAUUUAUGUCUUUAUAUUAUGUGAUAUUAAUUGUGUUAAACACUAAAUGGGCAGAAUGUCGACAAGAAUGAACAGAGAAUAUGUCUAGUCAGAUGAAAUAAUGAUUAUUUGCUAACUUUUAUGCUUCUGAGUAUUUUAAAAUUGUUAGUUAUCUUUGCAUACUUUUUAUAUUUUUGUUUACAUGUAAAGUAUAUGAAAAUUUUAUGUACUAGUACCACGUGAAGUUAUCCAUUUAUGCUUCUACAAACAUAAUUUUUUCAAGUAUAAGCUAUAUUCUGAUAAUUUAAUUAUUUUAUAAGUGAAUAUAUAUGAGAGGUAAUUAUAUUUCAUGUAAAGUAUAAAAUGAAAAUUAUAGUGUUGUAAAAUGACUGUUUUAUUUAGCUGGGAGUUUAUUUUACAAGGAAAAUUACUGCAGUGUAUUUAAACUUGUAAAUGUUACUCAAUUUUCUUCUGUUUCCAAGUACACCACCUUUAUACCGUUAUCAAUUAUCAGAAUGAAGCAGAAAUAAACUUUCAUGAAA